AUGGGCGGCAAUUACGGAGUGGUUGAGUGUACGGAGGAUGGUGGAAAUGACCAAGAUGAUAUUCAGAAUAUUGGCAGGGAUGAUCAUAGGGAUUUGUUACCAACAUACUGUCCUAAUACGGGUAAGAUGUUUUUGUCGGCUCAAUGGGCGUAUGAGAUUACCCACGUAGGACAAUGUUUUGAUGGCGGACCAAAUGAGUUCUGUGAAGUUCUAUGCAAGUAUGCUGUGGAGCGUGGAUUCCAAUUCAAGUACAUUAAAAAUGAUUCUGUUCGCAUUAUAGCCGUGUAUAAGUUCGUAGAGGCCAUAGGGUGUAAAUGGAACCUACGUACGGGGUCUGAUUUGGUGUCUAACAUUAUUGCAGAUUGGGUGCGUGAUCAACCUUUGACACGCCCUACGGAUGUGGUGUUCAAUUUGAGAAAUGAGUAUGGAUUGGAGAUUAGUUACCAGGUGGCAUGGUUGGGUGUCGAGAAAGUGAGGGGUGAAGUGUAUGGGGAUCACGCUAUGUCAUUCAACCAACUCAGGUGGUACAACGAUUCCGUUAUGAAAAAAAACCCAAACAGUUACUUUAACCUUGACUUCGAACAGAAUAUCGGGAGGUUCAAAGGUAAUUUGCUUGCCGCUAUUGUGAAAGAUGGCAAUCAAGGAUUAUUUCCUGUGGCGUUUGUGGUGGUUGAUUCUGAAAAUGCAGCCAAUUGGGAAUGGUUUCUUCAGAAUUUGAAACAAGUUAUUGGUGGGGACCGUACUCUAACGUUCAUAUCUGACCGUCACGCUGGCUUAUUGCAGUCUAUGUUAAACAUAUUUCCAUCGGCACAUCACGCAUAUUGUUUGUUGCAUCUCCAAAUGAAUCUACGAGACCAUUUGAAAUAUGUUAAUGCGACCCACAAAAUUGGGUUGAUGCGCAAAUUGCGGGAAUGUGGCUACGCGUCCAUUGUUGAUUGUUUCAUUGAGAAAAUGGAUGUUUUGAAGAAGUGCAGCCCGGCUGUGAUUGAAGGUUUUAUGAAAGACUUGGACCCCAAACAUUUGGCUAACGCGUAUUUCAGGGGGCAGCGGUACGGUGAAAUGUGUUCAAACGCUACCGAGUCCUUCAACAAUUGGGUCAGUGGGGCAUGCCAUCUUCCUAUUACUCGCCUAGUAGAUAUGAUUCGGGUUCAAAUAAUGGAGCAGAUGGUAGGCCGUAGAGUUAAAAGCAUGACAUGGCUCGGCAUAUUAUGCCCAAAAAUGGAGAAGAAAUUGGUGGCGGCGUAUAACGAUAGCAGGCCAUGGUGUGUUAGUCAGGCUAAUGACGAUGUGUACGAGGUUCACUCCCACCCGUCGGUGUUGGUUGAUAUGGCUACACGGAAGUGUUCUUGUUUUCAGUGGCAGAUAAAUAGGUUCCCGUGUUCCCACGCAAUUGUGGCAUUCCGUAAUAGCGGGAGGAACAUAUAUGAUUCCCUAGAUCGUGCAUUCCACAUUGAAAUGUACUGGUCUUCAUACAGCGGAAUGAUAUAUCCUAUCCCAACAGUGGACAAGCCAACUGCCACCCUAGCUGAAUAUAUGAUAGCUCCGCCGACAGUGAAGCGUCCUCCGGGUAGGCCCAAAUGGAAGAGGAUUCCAUCAAAAGGCGAGAUAGUUCAAUGUAUCCGUUGUGGAAAAUUAGGCAAUCACAAUAAGAAGACAUGCAAAGAGCCGAUGUAG